UGUUGUGGGUUCACCCCGUAGAGAAGGGGAGGACCGACGGCACACACAGCAGCAGAGAGUGCUGCAGUGCGAGCGCAGCAGGGGACUCGGAAGCGGAGAGAGAGAGAGAGAGAGAGCAAAAAAAUAUAUACACACACACACACACACAUACAAUCAUCAGCAGCCUUAUUGCCGAAACUUGGUCUAUGGAGAGAUCUGCAGCGGCACCGUAGCGACGAAGGCCGACAUGGAAGAGUAUUUGCGGAGGGUCCAGAGCAGACUCGGGGCAGAUGCAUCAGAUGAUUCCAUCCAUGCUGUUGUAGGCGGACCAGAGGCAGAUGUUGACACUGUGGCCGCAACACUGUGCUUAGCACUACACCUCAGCCAGAGGGAGCCGGCAGGUGGAGUGUGUGUGCCGGUGCUGUGCGGCCGGCGAUGUGAUGCUGUGUUGCCCGCGGAGACGGUGAGGUAUCUGCAGAGUGUGAAAAUUUGUGAGAGCUUGCUGCUGUGGAAGGAGGAUGUAGAUCUGGUGAAACUUCAUCACACCAGAAAACUCUCUCUCACACUGCUAAGAGAUGGACUGUUAGACAGCUCUGAGUACCACACUCUGGAGUCCUGCAUCCUGCGAGUGGUCCAUCACGACGGGCAGCAGGACGCAGAGGAUUAUGGGGCAUCGUCCGCAGUGACGACAGUCGCCAGAGAGAUUCUUCAAGAGGCAGCAGAGCACAUCGGAGCAGCGCUGAGGGAGACUCUCGGAGAGGCUUUACGGCUACAAAGUGAAGCUCAGUGUAUCAAACAUGGCCGUCAGUCAGUACAACUGGAGGCACUCAUGAGAUCCUUGGAGCAAUUGAGUGAUGUCACUGCGAGUCAACAGGAUGCGGCGAAGCUACAAGACUUGGAGCAGCUGCUGUCCAAGGAGCUGAAAGAGUUUUCGGACGGAGAGAUGACCAUAGCGCUAACCUCAGUGACCUCAGACGAGGAGGACUGGCAUGGUUAUGUGGACAGGCUGAAAUCAUUCAGUCAUCGCCAUGGCUACGAUGGUCUGAUGGUUCUCUUGUCCAUCAGUGAUACAGUUCAUCAUCCUCGCCAGCAGGUGGCUGUCUACACGAGCAACGCUGAUAUCCUAAACCAGAUCUGCUGUGAGUUGGAAGAGUCUUCCAGCUUGUCUCUUUCUGGUGAAUUGGAGCCCAGGGAGUGUCUCCAGGUCUACCACAUCACUAUAAACACCCCCUUAUCCUCUGAUACUUCUCUGCUGUGGGAAGAGAUUCAGGGCUUCCUCAAGGAGUUUGUUGAUCGGCGAAGCUCUAUGCUGGCCUGUCACCCCAGCAGUAGGACCUCUUCCACGGAGGGAGUGGCAGGCAGUGUUGAGUUCUCCCAGGGAUCAUCUGGAAUCAAUGACAUGUAUGGUUCUGAUAUAGAGAGAGUCGAAGGAGGCUGUGGAGAUGCGGUGCCCAUAGCACGGGUGAUGGCAGAUGAAGAGGACACAGGAGGUGUAGGAGUUGGUGCAGGUGGGGAGCUAGUGAGCCCUGACAGCGGCAUGACCACAAUCCGCAGCAGCCGCUCCUCCAAGGAGAGUUCAGUGUUUCUUAGCGAUGACAGCCCUGUUGGUGAAGUUGUAGCAGGUGGGGGGUCAGCAGCAGGGCCUGGAGGACUCUUCCUGAGAAACCCCUCUCCCCUGGGGUUGUUAUCUCUCUCCCCUCCUGUCCCACCGGAGAGGAGGAGGAACCGCUCUAGCAGGAAUAGGAGUGAGAACUUUGACCUGUUUAGUUUUGACCCACUACAUAGCAGUGACCACUCUCUGCCAGCAGGCGGGGAAUCUACAAAUUCUGGAGGAAGAGGAGAUGAGGAAGUAAAAAGAGCAGGAAGCUCAAGCCUAUCAGAAUAUGAAGAACUGAGCUUGAUGGAUUUCUCUGCUCCCAGUUCAUUGGCAAAUUUUUCAGUAGACCACCAUGGUCAAAUCCAUGGGAAUGAGAUGAUUGAUACUGUGGUUCCUCCAACCCCAGUCAACAGCCUGGUAGGUAGUCGCCCACCCAGCAGAUGUGGGGUCAGGUUCUUCCCAGAAGAUGUAGUUGAAAGGAUCAAUGGCCUACAGCACAAGGACAGUGUGUCAUCGUCCUUGUCGGAAACCUGGGAUGAACUUGGCUUUGACACACAAGGAGCAUUGUCCUCAAGUGAUAAUAAUGCCUGGAAUAGGACCAGAGGAUCUGAGAGUCCACAGAAUAUUUUGGAGGAAGUUGUAGGCAAAGAGUCAAUUGGUGACACAGCAGAAAGAGAAAAGAUCUUAAAGUCAGAGAACUCCCACCACAGGGGAAUGGGCCUUGAACCACAGCUUAGCCUGAUCACCGAGCAGACUGAAUCAUAUGACAACUGGAACCCAGAUUCUCUAUUGAAGGAUCAAUGGAACCUUGUUACUUUGGCGGAUCUGCAAUUGACACCACCAGAGGAGGAAGUAUUUGGAAAAUGCAAAGCUGGUAUCAUAGCAGUGCAAGAAAAAACAUCCUCAUUGUCAAAAAAGAAAGUAAUCCUAAACACUCUAACACCAGACACAUCUAAAGAAGAGGACGAAGGGGUACAGGGGAAAAAAGGAGACAGACAGAUGGAGCUUCUAGACUUCUGGACCUACUCAGCACAGAAGGGAUUUCUUAAGUCUGAUAGUGGAACCACCACGUCUUACCCUGAAUCACUAGAUAUGUGGAAUAUGACAAUCCGGGAUGACAGUCUAUCACCUCUCACGACCCCUGAAAACUUGUCUGAAAACUCAGGUUCUUUCUAUGGAUUGAACCCCAGUGUUAAGGGUGGUGCCUCUGUGGAAAGUCCACUAGGAUUCUCUGAUGGUGGAAUGGAGAUGUGGAACACCACCAUUCAAGAAGACAGCUCUUCCACAAUAACAAGCCCCGAAGCGCCAGAAAAUGGAAGGGACCUUAGUUACAUGGGAUCACUGGAAGCCAGUGAUAUUCCUGAGACAAACGCGACCAAACAGACAGAAGAAGUAAAAGCUAUAGAGGAGAAAAGUGUGAAUAAAGUACUGAGUCAGACACCUGGGGAAGUAGAGUGGAAAGGUAAUGAACACCAUGUGAAAAUAGUCAUAGAGGCUGCAGAGGGUAGAUCACAGAGUAAAGAAACAGAUGACAAUGACAUCCAGAGUGCUCAGAGUCAAAUGUCUGUCAUGCAGAAUUUUGUAUCUGAACUUCAAAAAGAACAGACAGUACCAGACCAAGGUAGUGACAUGUGGGACCUACCUGUCCCUGGCAUGGUCACCUCCACCUCAGAAUAUGACAAUGUUGGAGCUGGCACUUGGAGCCUGACAUCCUCCCCCGAGACCUAUGCUAGUCCAGUAGUAGACAUGAUACAGCUAGAAGAGCAGUCCAGCCCUUUUAUAGCUGUGACCAAGCCUACUCAGAUAGAUGAGGGACAUGAUCAACACCAGAGGGCUGAUUCUCUAGGAGAACACAGAGUAGUACUUUCAGAUAAAGAACAGCCAGAUGACCAAGUGUUCAUAUUUGAGAGACCUAGUGAGUUGAGUGACAUGACCAGAAGUGGAGGGAGUUCAAUUGAGAGUAAGUACGACAACAAAACUGCAGAGGGAUUAGAGGAGGCUGACUGGAUAGAGCAACCAAGUGAUCAUUCCCCAUUUAUUCUGGUGGACAAUUCCUCUGUCACUCAGCAAAUUUCAGCCAAUCAUCAAUCAAGUUCAGGAGAAGCUGCUGAGACUCAAAUCCAGACUGACCAAUCAUUGUCCCCAAGCCUUAUGAACUGGGAUAGUCUUGUUUCCCAGAAACACGAUGGCCCCAAAUCAACUUCAGUCAGAAUGGCCCACAAUGAUGAUGGGCCUAUUAUUGAAAGCCAAAGGGGUCCUGACAAUGAGAGCAAUGGAAAUGUGGAAGGUAAAACAACUGAGACCAUGUCACUGAGUUCCAGCUCUGGGGGGGAGAGAGACACAACGAAGCAUAGCCCAGACAGUCUUCUCCCAGGCAGUCAAGAUGACCUCAGGUCCAAUUCAGAUGGAGAUUCAUCAUCAGGCCUUGAAAUGGAAAACAUCAUUGUAUCUGGCACAGUAAAGGAAGCUGACAGAGAGUGGCAUUAUAGGCCUAAAGAGGGUGACAAGCAAUCAAAAGGAACAAGGAAGUCCCUGGAAACAUUUAGCAUGCUUUCUUAUGCUGCCACAGUACUGCAAAUCCAGGCCCAAGCUGCACAUAGAGAGCAUCAGGAGAACACAGAACAAAGCAGGCAAAACCAAAUGUCUAGAGAUACUGAGGGUACACUCAGUGCAGAUGUCCAGCAAAAUCAAGCUGUCUUUGAAAGCACUAACAAACACAUCACAGAACAGACAUACUCAAAAACAGGAGCAUUGCAUCAGUCCAGCUCUGAUGAGUCAGCCCUCGAUGCUUGCAGUGCCUCUCAACGUUUCACAGACAGCACGCAUCCCCAAGAAAAUGCUAGUAAUGCCACUGAAAUAUUCAGUCCAAGCCAAUCAAAAACUAUCUCUCAAGUUUUUCAUCAGUCAGAUUCAAGACCGACAGUUUGCAGUCCAACACCGAUAGAAGAAGGAAACUAUGAUGAUAAAUCAAGCAUCAUGGCCAGAAGUGUGUCUCCAUCAUUAAGAUAUCCAUCAGAUCACUUCCUGAAAACCAGAGAAGAAGUUUAUGUCCAUUCACAAAUCUCAAUGGAAGAUUCAGAUGAGGGUGGGCAGUCGCCCUCUUCAGCUCCAUCAUGUCCUACUUCUUUGGGCAACUUACAAGUCUGGGGGGGUCAGUUAGCAAGACAGGACACACCUCAAUCCACAUCUGAACCACAAUCCCCCGCACUUACCAACAGCUCUGUCUCCCACACCAGCUCUUUGGUUGGCACACCAUUAAGUGAGUCAGGUAUUUCCACUGACAGAGGACUUGGAUUACCUUUUUCUGGAGAUUUAAUGGAAGAGGAGAAUGGUGAGGAAGAGCAGGAAGAGGAAAUUGAUGUAGAGCUCACUACCCUGCCAAAAUGGACUUCACAAGUCCAAACUGAGAAGGAAGAAAGACCACAGCUGGGUUCUUCUGAUCUGUUGAGUUUCACUGAGGAGCUGAUUGGAGGUUGUUCAUUUCAACAAACAGAUUUACAGACACUUGAACCAAAGGGCGGCAGGUUCCUACAGAAUACACUGGAUUACUAUGAUGGACAACCUAUAAGGACUGUUGAUUGUGAUACAUGGUCUGCUGAACAACACACUGGAGGCCAUGGAGCUUCUCAAGAAAGCCAUUCACCUAUUUUAAGCUGGAGCCCCACCACAGCUAAUGGAAACAGCUCCCUUAGCUCUCUUACAAGAAGACACCAAGAAGUGACAUCACAACUUUUGUCCCAGACAACCGAUGAGAAUGCUGCAUACCAGUGGACAGGAAGUCAGAAUGUAACUCAGGGUCAAACCCAAUAUGGCUACAAUUACCACCACAUUGACCAAAGAACUGAAAACCAGAGCGCCUCUGCAGCCUGCGCAGAUACCAAAUCUAACAGCCAGGAGAAUACCACAGAUGUCUAUGCUGAGUUUACAACUGAUGCCACAACUGUACAAUAUAGAGCUGACCAGGCUGAGAGCUAUUAUGAACCUGGAGAUAUUGCCGAGUACAGCUCGGAAGAUCCAGGUUCCACAUUCCAGUACAUAGCCGAAAGCCAAUACGGAGGUGACUCUACCUCCACGCGUGCUUCUGAAGUCCAGUGCUCUCAGUAUCAAGCUGAUGGCCAGAGCCAGUAUGAGACAGACCAAGGGCAGUACCAGUUUGAUGGGCAGCUAUUCUACCAAUCAAAUAUCCACGCUGAGAGGGAAGAUCAUGCGCGGUAUGUGCCAGAGGAAUACGUCCACUUUCUCCUCUCAAGCAGGCACUCCCAACAAGGAGACAGCGCAGCAGGGAUGAUGAUGAAGAUGGCCUCCAGUGAGGAAGCUGAGGAGAUGGAAAACAGAGAAGAUCUGUCAAUCGGGUCCAAUCAAAGGAGGAAGUUAGUAGCUCCACCAAUGAACGUGUCACUGGACCCUAGUGAAGGGUCCCUUCUCUCAGAGGAUGCCCUGGAUACAGAGGACGAGGCUUUGGAUACCGGGGAUGACCUGGAUCUGAAUAUUGAUGAGGUGGACACAUCUGAUGAGGCCGACUCAAGGGAGUUCAACAGACACGGGGACUCAGAUGAGUCUAAUCUUGGAGCAGGAGCCGCAUUAAGUGAAGCUGUUGCAGGACACAGAGCGGCUGAGGAGGGCAGGGAGAGCAGACUGUGGAGGAGCGUGGUGAUUGGAGAGCAGGAGCAUCGCAUUGAUAUGAAGUGCAUUGAGCCUUACAGAAGAGUCAUCUCUCAUGGAGGUUAUUAUGCUGAACAGAAUGCCAUCAUCGUGUUUGCAGCUUGCUUUCUACCAGACAGCGACUGUGACAAUUACAACUAUGUAAUGGAAAACCUUUUUCUAUAUGUAAUUAGUACCCUGGAACUUAUGGUGGCAGAAGAUUACAUGAUCGUCUACCUGAAUGGUGCCACACCUCGCAGGAGAAUGCCUGGCUUUACCUGGAUGAAAAAGUGCUACCAAAUGAUUGAUAGAAGACUGAAGAAAAACCUUAAAAUGUUCAUCAUCGUCCAUCCUUCCUGGUUCAUACGGACAUUGCUGGGAAUCACCAGACCCUUCAUAAGCUCCAAGUUCAGCAGUAAGAUUAAGUAUGUGAAUAGUCUGCGGGAGCUUGGAGAAAUCAUCCCAAUGGAGUAUGUCCACAUUCCACCCAGCAUUGUCAAACUGGAUACAGAAUUGCAGGACACAGCAGCUAAAGCCGACAGGAAGGGGAACUCAGCUGUUUGACGAGAUACCUGGCUGCUGCCUAUCUUCUCCUUGCAUUAUGCUGUACUCUACAGCAGCAUAUAUGAAAAAAAGCCUGUAGCAUGAUGUGUACGGCACAUAGUUGUUACACCAACAACUAGCAAUGGGUUAGACAGCAAGACGCUGUGGUACAAGACACCCAGCAACUGCUCAUUCAUUGAGGAAAGUACUAACCUGUGGGUGUUGAACAUCGUAGUUUAUUUACAGUGCAGAGACCGGCACUGUGCUGAAGGGAAGAUGCUUUAUUGUGUACUAUUGUACUUUACACAGUACUUGAUUGUGUUCUCCAUUCUGUAGCUUUUGUUUUGUUUGGCUCUGAUUCAUGUUUGAAUGACUUUGGAGGAUUUAUUAAUUGGCUUUGUUACAUCCCUGUACUAAUCCCUGUCAUUUGCUAGCUGUACCUUUUGUAGCCCAUGGUAUUAAGUGUGAAUUAUCUGAAGCCGUAACGAGGCUUGUGACUCUUUCACCAAAUAACCAAAUACACGUCAACAGUUGUAUUACUUCCCAUCUUACAAAUAAACAUUUGUGAACCCUGAACAACUUGUAUGUUACUGAAGCUCUACCAACAGACUGUGAUGUUAAGGGUGUUGUGGAUAUUUUGAGCGAUGGUCAGCAGUGGAGAAAGGCGCACACAAGACUUUUGACGUCUUAAUGCUGAAAAUGUUUAUUGAAAGCACUUGGCCAAGUGGAGAACCAAAAACAGUAAACACCGGAGUGUUUUGCUCCGAUGCUGUCUCUUUCUG